UGAUCUAUAUUGUGGUUCGUACUCAUUUCAACACAUAUUUGUAUAAAGACUAGAUAUAUUUUAAUUACACGCACUAUUAAUUUAACAUACACACAGGCGUAUUUUUCAGCAGGAGAAUUACUGUCCGCUUCGGGGUCCUAAAUUUCAAAACAAUCGAAAUGGCGGCGUCUGUAAGAUGGAGUCUGUUGCGCUUCAUGCGCUCACAUCAUUUGAGAUUGCCUGUAAAUGACAGAAAUCAGCGUUAUUCAGUGUGGUCUGCCCACAGAAUACAGUCUCAACUGUAUGAAUUCAAGCCAUUCUUAGUGCGAAACCUUUCAGUUGUAACUCAAGACACCCCAAACCCCAGAAGUCUGAAGUUUCUUCCUGGUAAACCUGUUCUGGGGAUGGGGACUCGAGAUUUCCCAACAUCAAACUCGGCUGAGAGUUUCCCUUUAGCCAGGGAUCUUUUCCAAAUUGAAGGCAUAAAAAGUGUCUUUUAUGGCCCAGAUUUUAUCACAUUGACUAAGACAGACGAUGAUGUUGAAUGGACAGACAUUAAGCGACAUGCGAUUGAGGUCAUUACUAAGUUCUUUGAGAGUGGAGAGGCCAUCACAACAGGAGCAACUCACGCUGAGAGCAGUGUUACAGAAGAUGAUGAUGAAGUUGUCUUAAUGAUAAAGGAACUUUUAGACACACGGAUCAGACCCACGGUUCAGGAGGAUGGUGGAGAUGUUAUAUUCAAAGGCUUUGAGGAUGGCACAGUGAAGCUGAAGCUGGUUGGCUCCUGUACAGGAUGUCCCAGCUCCACAGUUACCCUAAAAAAUGGCAUCCAGAACAUGCUGCAGUUUUAUAUUCCUGAGGUGGACAUGGUAGAACAGGUUGAGGAUGAAGUGGAUGAGAUCAACAUGAAAGUGUUUACAGAACUGGACAAGACACUGCAAGACUCAUAGUAUGAGAUCCAGCUCUGAAGGACACACAAUUCAAUUGUUGUCAUAAUUCUAGUGGGAUUCACACACUCCAUAGGGAUGCUGUACAUUUAAGUUGCAGAAUCUAUAUAGAAUAUACUGUAAUAUUUAACCAAGCUCAAAGCUGUAAGUUUUUCUGUUUUUAAUAUGAUUGCAAGUGCACUCACUGAGUUACAAGGAGUCUUAACUAGUUUGCUACUUGUCUGACAGAAAAGGUUAACUUGAAGACGGUUAUGCUUUUAAUUGCAAUGUUCAUUGAACACUGAAAUUUCACCUAGACGUCUAGUGAGUGCAGUAAUUCUUUUAUAGCAUGAAAACAAUGCUGGGAUCCUGAUGCAUUCUUAAACCUGAUAUGGUCACUUGAAGGAAUGCAGAUCUUUAAGAGGCUUUGAGAAUGUGGUCAGUUGUGAACGUCUGUAUUCAUGAUCAUCUACGGCUGACAUCCAGAAGUUCUGGAGGACCUAUAAUGAAAUAAAACAGUUGUGUAUAAAUUA